AUGGCAUAUAGCAGAGUCCAUUCGGACUUUCCAUCCCAGACCGUCUUCAAGAAAUUUGUGGUCAUGUUAUUGUUUUUCCUCACCCUUCUGUACUUUCUGCAGUACCUCACAGACCGCUGCAGCAAGACGCCGACGUCAGUCAGAACCACGGACCAGGCUAUCAGAUCAUUCGCGUCGGAUCUAAAAGCAGACGAGCUGCAGUCAUUAAGUAGAAAAAGAUUAAUUCAAAAAUGGGCCGACAAAUCAGGCGUCGGGUACCACCGGGGCAGUGGUGUUGAGUACACCGGGAGUGACAGCGUAGUGUUUGGACCUUGGGCAGACUUUGCAGUUGCAUCACAGUCAGAGAUGCGCUUUCCAUCCUCAAUAAAUACGGACGUAUUGAUGAAUUUCCAGUAUCCUGGGAAAAGGGAUUCAGGUACACUUAGUCUGCUAGGUGAGGGGAUCAAGAGGCUUCCCCAGGCUCUUAUUAUCGGGGUGAAGAAAGGCGGGACGCGCGCGUUGCUGGAGUUUCUGAGAGUUCAUCCCGACAUACGGGCCGUCGGAGCAGAGCCGCACUUUUUCGACCGAAAUUAUGAAAAAGGAUUAGAGUGGUACAGGGACCUGAUGCCGAAAACUUUGGAGGGUCAGAUCACCAUGGAGAAAACCCCCAGCUACUUUGUGACACGAGAGGCCCCAGCGCGGAUCUAUGGCAUGUCCCGAGACACCAAACUGAUCGUGGUGGUGCGGGACCCUGUCACUCGGGCCAUUUCUGACUACACCCAGACGCUGUCCAAGAAACUGGACAUUCCCACCUUCGAGAGCCUGACCUUCAAGAACAGGACCACAGGUCUAAUCGACACCUCGUGGAGCGCUGUCCAAAUUGGCAUCUACGCCAAACACUUGGACAACUGGCUCCAGUUCUUUCCCAUGGCCCAGAUUCUGUUUGUGAGUGGGGAAUGUCUGAUCAGCGACCCGGCCAGAGAGCUGGGCCAUGUGCAAGACUUUCUGGGGCUCAAGAGGAUCAUCACAGACAAACACUUCUACUUCAACCAGACCAAGGGCUUCCCCUGCCUGAAGAAGGCCGAGGGCAGCAGCAAACCCCGCUGCCUGGGCAAAACGAAGGGGCGGACCCACCCCAACAUCGACCCUGAGGUGGUGCAGAGGCUGCGGGACUUCUACAGGCCCUUCAACAUGAAAUUCUACCAGAUGACAGGCCGGGCCUUUGGCUGGGAUGGCUGA